AUGUAUGUGCUGAGUGAGGAAGAUGAUCUGAAUGCUAAAAUUUCUAGCUUGCAUAUGAUAGUUGAUAUUAUUCAGAAACCAAAUGUAGUUAAGGUGAAUCAUUCAAAGUCAAUGGAAAAACGUAUUGAAUCACGUCUUAAUGUUAGGGAGAAAGGGACACUGCCUGCCCAAACUCAACCUAACCCGAAAGGCCAGUAUGAAGCUAGUAAUGUUAAUAUUGAACAAGCUAAGAUUGUUACAACACUUAGAAAUGGUAAGAUGAUAGAGACUCCAAUGAAGGUACACGAACCUGAGAAGUAUCUAAAACUCAAAGGCGGUGACUGUCACAGUGAUACUGAAAAUGAAAAUUCCGAUGUUGAUAAGAAAAUGCAUGCUCCAUUUCCUCAUCGUUUAUUGUCUACUAAACCAUUGGCUGAUAAUAAGGAUAUUCUUGAUGUUUUGCAGCAGGUGAAAGUUGGCAUUCCUCUCUUGAGUGUGAUUAAGCAAAUUCCAUCUUACGCCAAGUUUAUAAAGGAUCUUUGCACCGUCAAAAGGAAACAUAAUAUGCAAAGAAAGGCAUUCCUCAUGGAACAAUUGGGCUUAGGUGAAUCAAAACCCACCUCAGUCACUUUACAAUUACGGACAGAUCAGUUAAAGUACCGAGAGGGAAAUGGGAUAAUGAAUCUUUCAUUUGGAAAUAUGGCUGUUGAAUUAAACAUUUUUGAUGCAUAUAAGGAUACAUUAGAAGCCAGUCUUAUUAACCUUUGGGAAUUCGAUGAGGAUGGAUCCAUUGAAGAAGUCAAUUCCUUACUGGAUUCAUCCCCAUUACUGGAUAUAGAUAAGUGGCGGUCUAGAUUUGAAUCACUUCCAAUUAGUGAGACUAAUCCACUACCCUCAUCCAUAGAAUUCUCAAAGCUUGACCUUAAUCCACUUCCUAGUGACUUGAAAUAUGUUUGUUUGGGUCAAAAUGAAACAUUUCUCGUAAUCAUAUCAGCUGAACUUAAUGAAGAGCAGGAAGCGAUGCUUUUGGAUGUUCUUAGGAAGCACAAAAGUGCCUUAGGAUGGACUAUUGCAGACCUGAAAGGAAUUGAGCCUAGUAUUUUUACGCAUAAGAUUAAUAUGGAAGAGAAUGCAAGACCUUGUUGA